AUACCCCACACCUCACCCUAAUAGGAAAAAAAAUAAUUGGGGUCUUCCUUCAUAAAUAGUAGCUUCAUAUUCCUCUAUUCGAUACACCACCUCCCUCAAAGCAAAUCACAAUACAUUAGUCUUUCUUCAUAUUUAAUUUCUUCCAUAAAAUACCAUACCAAAAUUAUGGGCAUCAGAAAAUCAAACAAGCUUCCACAAGUUGUACUUUUGAAGCAAAUUUUGAAAAAGUGUUCGAGUUUGGUUAAGAAGCACGAACACCAACUUCCAUUUGACGUGCCCAAAGGUCAUUUUCCAGUUUACGUGGGAGAGAAUCGUACUCGAUACAUCGUACCUAUUUCUUGCUUGACUCAUCCCGGGUUUCAAUGCCUCCUUCGUUGCUCCGAGGAAGAAUUUGGGUUCGAUCAUGACAUGGGCCUCACAAUUCCUUGUGAAGAAUUCAUUUUUCAAUCACUAACUUCCAUGCUGAGAUAGUUAAUUUUGAUUUAAGUGAAGAAGGAUGUGUUCAAGAUGAAGCAAUUUAAUCUUUUUUUAUAACAUCUUUCUUCACUUUUUUUUUAAAAAAUUGUGAGUUUCUUCUAACCCUGACCUAGGAAUCACAUGGAUAUUAGUAAAAAAUUUUUAUGGGUUAGUUGGAAUCUUUUUCCUUGCAGUGGAGUUCUUGAGCACCCUGUGACUGUGAGAGAAGUGAACUGAAUGUUUCACAAUCAAUUUAAUUUGCCAUUUUGUAUACAAAUCUCUCUGUAUUUUUACUGCAUCAUUAUGAAUUUUUUAAAUCCAAUUGAGCAUAAUUGAAAUUGGUAAUAUUGAGUAAAAGCAAUGAUAUGA